CGCUUCAGAGAAAACGCCGCCGUUGGGAAAAUAGGCUGCGUCCGUAACUGCGUUUAUGCUAUUGUGUAGCUGACUCGCUAGUUAAUUAAUUUUGCAGAAUUUAUUCUGUCUAAAGUCUUUCUCUUAGAUGAGUGUUAAUGGAAAAGUUUCCCUGAUAUCUGUUCACAGUGGCCGCAGUCUGUUAGCUAACUGACCCGGAGACGGGAUGUAAAUUAAUCCAGACGGGACCAGCCCCAGGAGCCGGUUUCAGCAGUCAGUCACACCCUUGUCUGGGGUUACAGAAGGAUCCCUGUCUGCUGAGCACCAUUAAUCUGCUAUCCUCACAUGUUAUGGUGAUUAUAUGAAUACAUGUUAGCCUCGGACUUCUGAAUUUGAGCCGCGGAGCAAUAGUGUGAGUUAACUGGAAGUGUGGACUGGAUAUGACUGACUCAUCAUUAUGGCACGGGCAGAGGAGAUAACCCUGAACGAUCUGUGUGCUGCAGUGCCAACCAGAUAGCCUCGUAACUAGCUGGACAGCUAAGUUGUUUACACAUUCAAUCGUUUCUAUUAUAUACUUCCCCUCGUGGUCAGCGUGGCAUUAUGAAUUCCCCGAUAUACACCUUUGUCACCCGUGACGACAACAGCACUGUUUAUGCAGAAGUUUCCAAAAUCCUCCUCUCAACUGGACAAUGGAAGAGACUGAAAAGAGACAAUCCAAGAUUCAACUUAAUGCUCGGUGAACGGAACAGACUGCCCUUUGGACGUCUAGGUCAUGAACCGGGACUGGUGCAGCUGGUGAAUUACUACAGAGGAGCAGACAAGCUUUGCAGAAAAGCGUCCUUAGUCAAGCUAAUAAAGACCAGCCCAGAGCUGUCCGACUCAAGUAACUGGUUCCCAGAAUCCUACAUCAUUUAUCCUACUAACCUCAACACACCUGUUGCUCCAGCUACAAAUGGCAUUAGCCAUCUGAAGAACAAUCCCAAGACGGAUGAGAGGGAAGUUUUCUUGGCCUCCUAUCACUCUAAAAAAGAAAGUGGGGAGGGCACUGUGUGGAUAGCCAAGUCUUCUGCUGGAGCUAAAGGCGCUGGUAUUUUGAUAUCCCAUGAUGCUAAUCAGCUGCUGGAGUACAUUGAUAAUCAGGGACAGGUUCAUGUCAUUCAGAAGUACCUGGAGAAACCGUUGCUUCUGGAGCCGGGACAUCGAAAGUUUGACAUCAGGAGCUGGGUGCUAGUGGACCAUCAAUACAACAUCUAUUUGUACCGGGAGGGUGUGCUGCGGACUUCCUCAGAGCCCUACAACACCUCUGACCUCCAGAACAUGACCAGCCACCUGACCAACCACUGCAUUCAGAAGGAGCACUCCCAGAACUACGGACGAUAUGAGGAGGGUAACGAGAUGUUCUUUGAUGAGUUCAGGCUGUACCUGCUGAACACUCACAGUGUCACCCUGGAGACCACCAUAUUACCUCAGAUCAAGCAGAUCAUAAAGAGCUGUCUGACGUGUAUAGAGCCGGCAAUCAGCACCAAGCACCUGUCCUACCAGAGCUUCCAGCUCUUUGGAUUUGAUUUCAUGGUGGACGAGAGCUUCAAAGUGUGGCUUAUUGAGAUCAAUGGAGCUCCAGCCUGUGCACAGAAACUAUAUCCAGAGCUAUGUCAAGGUAUUGUGGAUGUGGCCAUUUCCAGUGUCUUCACCCUGAACAACAGCGGUGACCCUUCUUCUGCUUCCUCUUCACCUUAUUCUUCCUCCCCAUCCUCAAUGUUCACCACCAACUCCUGCUCCUCUCCCAAACUGAGAGCGCCGCUUCACGUCGGACCUUUCACUCGACUAUAAGCACACACAAACAUUCCCCUCGUCUCCUCCAUACUAGAAGCUUCUUCCUGCUCUGUCCUCACUCCUAAACUCUACCUGAGAAGUAGCACCGAGAGCCGAGCCUUUAAUUGUACCACGCCUGUCGCACCUGGAGGGAAUCGUUCUUUUCAUGGAACUGAAACUGCAGAAAUGAUCUCUGCUCUCCUGAUUAUGCCUGUUAUCAAUGUUGAUGGAUGGUUUUUAACUGAUCAGCAACCUUUGUGGGAGUUUCUGAGCGAGGACAGGCGCCCUUCCAUCUCAGUUCUCACCACCAGUUUAUCCCUAGAUAGCUUAUUGGAGAUAUGAAGGAUGCAGAGACGCUCCAACUGAGACUGUAGUGCCUUACAUUUCCAGCCAUGCUCCCUUAAAAAGACUGCCAGUUAGCUUGCUCUGUUGCUGUGACUUGUUCUAUAAGCCUUUGCACUGUUGCUCAGUAAAGUCAAUGCGGUCAUGAUCAGUCCACAAGAUUUAGCAUACAACAGAUUCCUGGAUAUUUGAGAUCUUAUUGAAUUUGUGUCAUUUUGAAUGCUAUUUUUCUCAUCAGACACGUUUCUCAUUGGGGUUUUUUGUUUUAGUGCAGCUUGCCUGCAGAAGUCUGUACCCAUUAGUUUCAGUGAGGAAUGUCAACCGUGAUCAAGAAACUACAUAGAUGUAUAUAAAUAGACUAAUGUAUUAUCCCAGUGUGUCGGAUGAGCCAAACAUUCAAGAUGUCAGUUUUUUUUGCCUUGAUAAGCAACAUUCCCGUUAUCUUGACCGUGUGGACACAACAUAUUAUUUACAUUCGGGGCAGCAUGUGUGGCUGAACAGGGAGGCCGUCCUUCAUCUGGUAAACCCAGGUUUAAGUCUGUCCCAACUCCCAACAGGCCCUGCUGAAGUGUCCCUGACCUCUGACCUCUAUAUGGCAGAGAGAAAAGAGAAUUUGCAUAAGGGGAUCAAUAAAGUAUUAGCCUAUAUUAUUCUGUUCUCAACAAAUUCUUUACAUAACAGUCCAGCCAGAGACACUUUGACAUGUUAUUUGUCAUUUGAAGAGAGCAUGUUUGUGUGAAAGCCUGUUAUGGUCUGUAACCUCAUACAAGCUGCCACAGCACCAGUUUCAAAAGAGCUGCCCUAAUGUCCGCCUUUUAUUUCUGAUCGAAAGCUCGACUGUCAUUGUAAAGUGUUGUCAACAAGUGUGUAGAUUAUGUUUUUGAACUUUUCAAAUGAAAGUAGCGUAGAUUGUAUAGAGUGUGUUAUUUGUUAUUAAAAGCAUUUAAGGACCACAUGAAAUGAAACGUACCGAUUUACAUAUAAGACAACUGAGCUGACCAAAAACAUACAGCCCUACUUCAUACUUCUUUACACUGGUCUUGUAAAACACAUUGUGUCCAAAGAAAAGUCAGUGGACAGCCAACGACUGCAAGAAAGCCAGUAUAAAAACAUGGGUCUUCAUCCCGUCACUGCCUCUUCUUCAGUUACUGCUGGUGUUUGAGCACGUCAAUCUCUGACAUGCUUUCUACACGCUUUGUUUUUACCAGUUACAUUUCAUGAACCAGUGAUUUUUGUUUUGUUUGUUUCAUGGGGUCCUUAAAAGAUUUCAGUUUCAGUUAUUUCACUAUUUUUGACUGAAUCUCAUUGUGAAUAGAUGAGACCUUUAGAGGUGAAACUGUCCAAGAUGAUUUGUGUCAAAUAUAUUUUACGUUACUGUUUAGACUGUUAGACAGGAAUGUUUUUCCUUAGACAUGAAACUUUAAAUUAGCUUAAAGUUUGUGAUGGCUGCACGUUGGAUAGAUGAUUCAACUCAGUUUAAUCCCAGAAUAAGUCUUUAUAAGGGUUUUAGUAGCUGUGUCUCUCAUAAUGUUAUACUCCCUGCUGUUCCUCUUCUUUAACCUCAGUUUAAACCUCACAGCAUUUAUUUAUGUUUUUAGUUGUUGUGUAUUUGUGUUUACAUGAUGAUUCUGGGGGAGUGAAGGAUAUACUGACAUUCAGGCAGAAAGAAUAGCUACAGAGCAGGUUACACUGACAAAGUCCCACCCUUUUCUUUUAAACAGGGAUUUAAAAAAGAGUAAUCCCAGUAACUCAGAACACAUGAUGAAUCCACUUGUGUGCUGUAUUGCAUAUCCCUGCUGUAGCUGUUUGAAAGUCUGGAAAGAUAUCAGAAGUAGGAAAUGGAUAUUUUAUAUCAUGAUUGUGUUGGCAAAAGGGUCAAAGCAAAGUGUCAGUAUUUGUUUUUAUUAAAUUUGUAGGGAAACGUCUUUCUGUCAAAGGGAAGGGUGCCUUAGAGGGAAUUGCAUAUUGAUAAAAGGAAGCAAUGGACCUCCAGUAUUUAAACGCACCUUGAUUUGUUUGUAUCAAAGUGAAUUUGCCUCAUUCAUUAUUAGACCUCUUUUCAAUUUAGUGAUGGAAUUUCCUCUUAUUCAGAGUUUCUUUGCAUGUCUGAUUCAGUCUACCAUCUUUUUCAUAUUUUUCCUGGAUUUCCUCAUCUCUACCAAAGAUAAAAUUCUUGCUGUUUCAGUGUGAAAUAAUGUUUUGUAGUUGCUGGACGUUAUUACAUCAACUGGCCAACAUGAUCCACAAGCAAAUAUCAUAUUCAGAGGGAUGUCUGUGCUGUGUUUUUGUUAAGUGAUGUUCUAUCCAAAAUCUUGCAUGAACACGUGUCUUUAUCAGAAGCAGUAUUACUAGAAUAAUAAAAAAAAACUAUUAUCAA